UGAGAAUUAAUUGCAAAGAGAAACAUAAGAGUUACUACACUAGUGCUGAGAGAAAAAUGAAGAGUUACGAAACGGGGAAAAGUGGGAUCGGUACAUAGAAUUGCAAUUACAGAGUAAAAGUUGAAGUAUUUGGAUUUACAUCUCGGGUUUUUUUUGGAAUUUGAAUGGGUGGUUUCAGACUGAUAAUUCGAAGCGUUCGGAAUCACAAAGUUCGGUAAUUACGCCGGUUUUCCGAUCGAAAUGCCGCCAUCGCUGCCAUCCUUGCCGGUUGAACUCAAAAUUGAAAUCCUCACCAGAUUACCCGUCAAGUCUGUGAUGCGUUUCACUGCAGUAAGUAAGUCAUGGCUUUCUCUCUUGUCGGAUCCCGGAUUCGUCUCAGCACACCUGUCUAAAGGAGCUACCGAACAGUUCUUCUGUGUAACUAAGACCGACCUGAAUACUCGUCGUUUUGCUCUUAUCGAUGGAGAUAAUCUCGACGGCAAUCUCACGCUAGGACCAAUCGUCAAACCUGUAAGGGAAUUCCCGCUUACGUUUUCUCGUUUUUUCAAUCCAAAGAAUUCUGCACAGAUUGAAUUAGUGGGCAGCUUCGACGGAUUGCUUUGCUUAUGCUUUCUCCGUCCAGAUUCUCACCCGUUAAUUAUGCUAUGGAACCCUUCAAUUCGAAGACACUUGGUGUUACCACGUCCCUCCAUUCUUCCUCCUCCAAGGAAAGGUAGUCAUGCAAUCGGUUUUUGUGUGGCCAGCGAUCGCGAUUAUAGGGUUGUGUGGGUCCAUGAGAAGAAUAUGGAUAAUCCUAUGUCUGUUGAAAUCUACUCUCUUAAUUCAGGGAAGUGGCGGAUUCGACGAUUCGAUGAUGAUUUGUUUCCUACUAGGUGGUUGUAUAGUGGUCAGGCUAUCCUACAUGGUAGGAUGCAUUGGGUUGGAUUUGAUGAGGAUCUUGGGGAUGACUACAUAUACUUUAGUCAUUCAAUCACUUCAUUUGACAUAGAUGAAGAGAUAUUUAGAGACAUACCCGUCCCGAGAAAGUUAGCAUAUUCUCUAUGGGAUGAAAAAAUAAGUAUUGCUCUAGUUAGAGAGUCACUGGGUAUGAUGGUUUUGUAUGAUCCUUUUAAUUGUGACAUUUGGGUGAUGCAAGAUUAUGGAAAUGUUGACUCCUGGACUUGGUUAUAUAAAAUUGAUUUCACACCAACAUAUAAUGAUUGGCCGAUACCUAUAGUAUACGCAUUAAACACUUGGAAGAAUGAAGGGGUUUUUUCUGGAUCACGUCAAGUCAUAUAUUAUGUGGAUGAUAAGCCGUGCAUUGUGCCGGAUGGGGAAUAUGGUGACCAUCAUCUUUACUAUGUAACUAAGUAUUUGGAGAGCCUUGUUUUGCUUGGAAACAAAGAUGCUGUUGCAGAUGUGCAUUUGCUUCAGGAUGUUGCAGGGAUCAUGGAAGAGGAGAAUGCUGGUGGUGGACAAGCAAUAUAGCCAAGGUUUUACAAACCAUUGGCUUGUUUCUUUCAGGGAAAAAGGCAUGUGGUAUUAGAGCUGUUUCCUUCAUUGGAUUUGAUGGCCACAACUAUAUAAGAGGAAGAUGCAAAAGUUCAUUCAAGCCGUCAGAAGUUUUUUUGCAUCACGGUAGGAAGUUCCACCAAGCUGCUAGAAGUAGCAGGGCUUGUUAGCUCUCUCAUGGUUUUUGCAUUGGGAUUUAGUAACGGUUAGCUGUCACAAAACGUCACGAUAUUGAAGAGAGGCUCUCGGGAUUUGGUACUUCUAGCGCUAUUUAAUGAGAGUUCAAACAGCGCUAUUUUCAAACUGUACCAUCAUCGACUUAUGACUUCGUUGAUGUAAUCAUCUCCUGUAAAAAACUCUGCCUUGAUUCUUCUUAUCAUGGUUGGUGUAAACUAUAAAGUAUGACAUAAUGUCUCCUUGUCCUUGGGUCUCGUUGUCGCCAUUUUCUUCUUAUCGUUGCC